AUGAAGAAAAUUCAGAGCUUAGACAGAGCUAAGAGCAGUUCUUCUGCUAUGAGAGACAAAUAUGCAAGGACAAGAUGUUGGAGCUUGAAUAUAAAGAAAAAGGUAAAGCAUUUCGUAUGGAAAUGUUUCUUUGAAUCUUUCCAUGUGAGUCUGAACUUGAAAAGGAGAGGUGUAGCUAUUGACUGGAUUGUGAGCGUUGUGGUGAGAGUGAUGAAAGUGUUGAACAUCUGUUAUUUGAUUGUUGCCCGAGCUAAAAAGGUGUGGAAAUUAUUACCUUUGAACUGGGACUUUGAGGCUGCCUCGGCUAGUGGGUUUAAAGAUUAA